CGCUGCCGCUCCGCGAAGAGAAGUGCCCUGCGCCUGCACUCCACCUAGUGUCGCCUGGCGCCGGGAGUGGCGCUGCCGUCGCUCCGGCCCCCUCGACCACCACUUGCAGGGCGGUGAGCGUGCCGGGAGGGGUGCGGCGCGCGCCUGAGGCGGCUCGUGACUGGCCGGAACGGUGGCGGCGACACGGAGGCAUCGGCGACGCGGAUUAGCUGACGGGAACAGUGGAUCAGGCGUCGGCGCGGGAUGGCGACGGACUGAGACAACAACCAGCAACUGCGCAUGAGAUACGAUGGAUUCAAGCGCUUCGUGCUUGGGUAGAAAAUUGGCCACUGCGUUACUUGUGUCUUCAGUUCUGCUGAGCCAAGCCUUCAGCUUCAAUGUGUCGGGUGACAAGCAGGACUGGGGAGACCUGCUGAAGCCGGCGAUGGCUGAUCAGAAUGGUGCCAUGGAGAACGUCACCGUCCAGGUCGGCGACACGGCCUUCCUGUCGUGCUCGUCGGCAGUUGGCGGAGAGAGUCCGGUUUGGAUUCGGAGGAGGGAUUACCAUAUACUUACUGGCGGCAAGGCGAACUAUAUCACGGACCAGCGGUUCCAGGUUCUGCAUGAUCCUGAGUCAAGCGAUUGGACUCUGCAGAUCCGCUUCGUCCAAGCGGAUGAUAAUGGGACUUACGAAUGCCAGGUGUCGUCCGGUUCCGGCUACGUGUCCCGGUUUGUGCGUUUGCACGUCUUCCAGCCGGUGGCGACAAUACCGAGCGGACCCGAGUACCACGUACAGCAGGGCUCCACCAUACAGCUGGUCUGCGUGGUGGACAAGAGUCCCACGCCGCCCAACUAUGUGUUCUGGUACCACGGCGACGUAAUGAUUAACUACGACAAGCACCGAGGCGGGAUCAGCGUGGAUACCGAGUCCAAGGAGAAGACGUUCAGCAGGCUCACCAUCACGGACGCCACGCUGGAGGACUCGGGCAACUACAGCUGCAAGCCCUCCAACACGGACCCCGCCUCUGUGCACGUGUACGUCUCACAAGGGGACAAGAUAGCGGCGAUCCAGAGGAAAGCCAAUGGAUCCGUUCGUGCCGGAGCGCGGGCCGGUUGGCUGCUCAUCGCAUUCUCGACGAUCGUCUGCGUUUUAAUCCUGAUCAACAGGUGACAUCACUAAACGAAGUGUGUACAGCGGCGGUGUUUUUGUCGGCAGCGUGGGCCUUCCAGCGGCGUCUCGUACCCACCGCCGCCGGCAGCGGGCACAAAGCGUGCGCUUCGAGACUGGUGAGCUCACCAGUCCAGAAGAAAGAGAGCGAGAGAACGAGAGAGUGAAAGAGUGUCUCAGCACCGCGUGACACCGUCGGGAUGUGGGCGACGAAGAGCAGAGGACGGUGCCGUCGCGCCUGCGGGCGUCCCUCCUGCGUUCUCUCGUGGUUGCCGGGCCCGGGGCUGGAGCCCGGACCUACACCGUCGGCGUCGACUGGUUGGCGGCGAUUCUGCCGCACUGGAGACGGACUGGCGAUGAAUGGUGCUGGUGUCAAACGCUGUGCUGUGCAGGCCGAUCUGUAGAUAUUCAGAUGUGUCAACAAACGUGUUUAGCUGAUAGGCAGAUAAGGAAUGAUGGCUCGUGCAAUGUACCGUUGUUAAACACUUGUAAGGUGCAAGUUCACGAAACACUACCCACAUCGGUCGCAGCUUGCAGUCGAUGCACAUCCCACCUUACGGUACACCCUUGAAAGAGAACCCAUCCGUCUGCUGAUCGUGUAUUCUUCGCUGGCAUUCCCUGAGUGGUGGACAUGGGUGAAAAUACGGCGUUCGUGUAUACGUGUAUAUGUGUACUGGUUAAGGAAUUACUAAUUAUUGUAGUCGCAGGUUGUUCAUACCACUGUGUGAGAUCCUCGCCGUCUAGAGUGGCGUUGUGUUUUUUUAAGGAGCUGGCCGCUUGUAAUCUGUCGAGUAUUAUGACCUUUAAAAAACCACAAGCAGCGAAAACUAGCGUGGAUGUCCGAUUUUGGUAAACCAUUUUUUUUCGUAAGCCUUGUAAUGUCAGAUAUACUUUCGGCUCGACGGAAACCGCCUUACGUGCCUGGACCACUUGAUGCUGAAUUGUUGCUCAAUCUUGCUUUUUCCCGAGCUGUGACUUUUCUGUUUUUUAGCGGCGUAUUCACUUACAGUGGCCUAUCUCAUUUGCAGCAUAAAAUUUUCACCUCGAUCAAUCAUUAGUACAGAGACUUCUUCCAAGCUUCAACGUCUGAAAGAAAACAUAACUUGCUUAUCAUUUGCCUUCAACGUAGACCGUACGUCGCUAACAAUUGCCCUGAUAGAAAUAGGCACGUCUGCCAUUUUUCUAUAUCAGCAAACAGGUGUUCGUUACUGAUGUUAGACAUGAAUGGGACAAAUGCACCUUGCAGAGUGAGACGGUAAGUUGACGUCAUGUUUAUCUCACCAUUGCUUGAAGUCUCAAAAACGGUUUCGGUAACAUCUGAUGGGCUGGAAGCUUAUGGACCAGUGAACGGGGUGUUUAUUGUUCAUGUUUCCGCAACAAAUAUACAUGAUUGAAAGCGUG